UCUCAUUGGUCGAUCAAAUUGUAAACACAACUUUCCAGCAUCAUCUCCGGGAAAGGAAAACAUGGCAUUGCAAGAGCUAUUUCAACACGUCAAAGACUUAGCAGUAUUAGGUACACCUGGCCACACAUCUCUUGAAACAGUUACAUUUGAAGUAGAAAAGAUCAAGAAGAGCUUAUGGCAAGAUGAGCAGAGUGGAAUAGUACAAGAUGGUGAAGACAAAUCAGGCUUUGGCCUGCAAAUCCACACAACUUUUAGAAGACUCCUAUCAGCUGUCAAUACAGCAACUUUGGAUGUCAGAUUGGAAUGUGGCUUUUUGGUUGUUGCCAUAUUACAAGAAAUACAAAGUGUCCUAGGAAAGGAAGUCCAGAAUCCAUGUCAGCCACCUGGUACCGACCAGAGUAAAGUGGGUCGCAGAAGUGUAGCUCAGAUCCCUCCUGCACCACCAGAUCUGAUUAGUGUACAACAGGCUAAGGAUGUAGAGGCAGUGUGUCGGGUCCUUUUUUAUACUGCAGUGUUGGGGUGCCUAGACAAUGAGGCAUCACUCUAUGUGAAGUUGAUGCUUGCAAAGAACAAGUUCAUUUUGGGGAGUGACCUGCCUUCGGUACCACAGGAAUGCAGACAUGCUGUCCUUAGUGAGAUCUUCAAAAGUCUUCUACCUGUGAUGAAGCAUGAAACACUAGGAACUUGCAUGCGAGGGCCACAAGGGGUGUGGUUCAAGAAGGUGUGUGGAUUGCUCCUCGUUCGAAGGUUCAUGUUUCAGCCAGGUGGAGUUGCUGCAGUUAUUGGAGCCGGGCUUUCCAUCUGUAACGGCAGGGACUGGCAGCAGUGUGAGGCAGUGCUGUUAAUUCCCCAAGCCAAAUCAUUAAAGGACAUUUAUAUUCUGUUGCGGCCCACGGAUAGCAGAGUUGUUGUUGCAAGAGCAACUUCAGCCAGAAAUCUUGGAGUGGGUUUUGCUAAAUUUUGCUCAAUGGGCCCAAAGCUCAGCCUCCUCAGCACUCAAACCCCCUUUCUUCUAAAAAACCCUUGGCUGACACAACCACAGCAGAGGCAGGAAGGUAAUAUGUUUCUCAGUGAAAUAUUAAGUGAUUUUUUAUUUGAGAGUUCAAGUACCUUUCUUGAUGUGAAAUCAACCUCUGCAAACCCGAAUUCACAAGUGUUCGGGAGAGGGGCCACUCCGACGUUUUCACCACCCCCCGCUUCGCCGUCUUGUGCCCCGAGGGAGUUGGGGCCGAUGUGA